AUGCAUACCGACAAAACUACAUUUCCUAUCGCCCGCGCCUGUCGCCUGCUUUCGGAGAUGACUAGAUUAACAAAGCGGCUUGAGCUCCAGAUGGAGUCGAGCAGACUAGGACUGCUGCGGUCUCACUCCAAGGCCAGGUCUGCCAAGGCAGCCGGCCCUCAUAACAAGGCGGAUGUGCCUCCUGCUGCUGAACCUGAAGACGCAGCCAAGGAGGCAGCCAAGGAGGCAGCCAAGGAAGAAAAGCACGAAAAGUCACGAUCAUGGUUUUCUCCCCGAAGAAAGGACUCUGUGGCUUCUACGAUUCUUCGAAGUAGCAAGAGCUUCCGCCGCCUAUCCGCAGUCUCAUCGGCGGCUUCAUCACAAGCCGCCAUCUCGACGCCUACUACCCCAUCCUUUUCGCGAGGAAGCUAUGAGAGCGAUGCCGCCUUCCAUCACAGGAAACUCUCUCCUCUAGAAAACGGUGAGGCACCCGUCUCAGAACCUGCGCCGACAGAUCCUCCUUCGAUUCCCUAUCCUCCACACCGACCCGAGCGUCCCCAAGGAGACUUAUUCGAGGGAACACCUCUGGAGAAGGCAAAUCAGCUUGACAAGGCGAAUCCCCUUGAGAAAGCGAAUCAACAAAGUCACCGCCCCAGCCGGAGCCGCAGCAUCCUGCGACCCUUUUCCCCUUUCCCUGGCCCGUCUAUAAGAGACAUGCGACGCCUUAGCCAACAAUCUGAACACAAACUGCAGGCAAACAGUGCAGCCGACGCUGCUACCACCACCACCACCACCACCACCACCGCCAGCAAGGCCAAUCGGCUUUCAACAGAAACCGAACAGGCGCACGAGCCUGCAGACGUAGCAAUGACUCCUGCUUCGCCAAAGCCAUCUACGUACUCAGUCCUGUCCGCACCAGCACCCAUUGUCCCCAAUCGCCGUACCAGCCUCAGGCCCAGCAGCAAGGGAUCUGAAACUGGUAUUACGCGCAAAACCUCCAUUGCCAGCUCGUUUCAUUUCUCCAUCCAUAGACGGCCCAGCCAUGUCACUGCCGAUAUAGAGUCGCGGAAACAUGUACGGUCCUCUAGGUGGACGUUGACAGAAAACAUGGCCGAAAUGUUCAAAGGACAGCACAUAAAGACGGACAAACAGUCCAUGACACCGGCCCAAAUCGAGGCCAUUUGGAAUGGUCAAGACAAUGGCAGUGGUGCAGCAGCAGCGGCUAAACAAAAACAAAAGAAGGGCAAAGAAAGGAGAAUGAAAGCGGCGUCGGACACUUCGGCAAGCAUAUCACGGUCAUUUGGAGGCCCGCUUACAGAACAACAAAAUAACUUGUUUAGCGAUCCCUUCCAAUGGCCUAGUAAAAUGUCUUCACCCGUCCCCAUGAGCAGAGCUGAUAUCAAAAUGAGAGCUCUCCCUUUCGAGAUUACUGUCCCGCCGCCGCCGUCAACAAUUCUUGUUUCCCCAGAAAUUAUUCAUGGCGACGUUUCACCAAAGUCACCGACAAAGGUUGACAGAAGACACAUGGGGGAGACUCAUUCAGUACCGCGACUGGUGUUACCGGAUACUGAAGAUGUCGCCAUUGAAGAUGACGACGACGCAGUGUCAGCUAGCUCAAUCCCCAUACCCCCCAAGAAUCCAGCCAGAUUUGUUGCAAGAGCGCCGACAAUGCCUCUUUUGCCUCCCAUUUUGGAAGGCUUCCGAUCUCCUUCGGGCAGCAAUAGGAGCUCAAAUAUCUCAUCCCAUCGCCGAAGCCGAAGCUGCAACCAUGCUUCUGAAGUAAACCAUGACAUGGUUACUUUCACCAGCACCCCUUAUACCAUGGCUAACCCGUCUUUCCGGCACGGACCCAUUGUCCUAAGCGAUGCUAGCAGCCGUGACUCGGUGGCGUCAGCAGAGGUAGCAGAAGAGGAACGGGCGGGCGUUGACUUGUCGACCCUCUCGGGCGAUUCCACAGGAAAUCUGGACGAUGUGAUUCCAAAAGAGCAGGCCUCCUCAGACGAAGAGGAAGUCAGAAUGGCCAAUAACGUGGCUGAAUGGUACGACGAACUCAAUCUCGGGUCUCCUGGCGGGCUCAUCUCAGGCUCUGAAUCAGAGAAGAAGUCGGAUCGGUCAACACAGCGAGACUCGGCGGGCAGCAUGACCUCGGCUGCAUCAACGCCAUCGACGGUGCAAACCGAGGCUGAAGCAGAACUGCAGACCCCCGUGGCCAUCCCGCAAAGCCCCUCUCUCUUUGAUACUAUUGUACAAUUUCGCGAGGUCUGUGACAGCACUUACAGCGCCAGCGAAUACGACGAGGACAGCGACGGCGAGAUGAGCUGCAACCCAAUUGGCGAACUAGCACCCACCUCUGUAGCCUCGAAACAGGCUAUGGAACACGGAUACGAAGCUUUCCUUGCGUUCAGUCUUGAUGAUUCUUAUUGAACUAUUUCAUGAGAAAUAUGUAUUGCAAGAGUGUUUUUUUUUUAUUAUGUAUAAAGGUUUUUUUGUUUUGCAUGAUGUGAUGGCUUGGGAUACCAUUGGACUACGUGCCAGACGCCGCAUUUCAUUUCAUUUGUCAAAUUGAGGAUAUAUACCAUGGCAGGGGAUAUUGAAGUUGGGGAUGCUGAGUCGAUCUUUAUAGAUACAGACAGAUACCAGGUUGAAUGAUACCACAGCGCGAGCCGCGUUUAUUUUGUCCAAGAUUUUGUGUCUUAGUUUCACGCCCUUAAUUUGUGUAAAAUGGACUGUGAUGAAAAUUGUGACAUCAAUUGAGUUGGUUGAUAAGUAUGUGAAGUUUGCUGCGCUGGGUGAGUGAAAAUUGCGCCACUGCAGUUGUGGCUGCCGCUGUGGCGGGUUUACAGGGGAUCUUUCCCUAGCUCGUGCAUCUCACUUACUUUAUUCCAUCUCACGUUCAUAUCUCACACCAAAAGGUAUGUGAACGACUCUCUCUUCUCCACGACAACUUUUGAGAAUCUCUUUGCCAUAAGAAGUGGCAUCUCACUCAUUCUACUCAAAACUUGAUUUCGCACGAGAUAAAACGAAGCAACGGCGACAUAGCGGAACAGCGCCUGUGCAAGAAAAGAACAAAGAGAUUGUAGAAAAAGGGAAGACCGCAAAGACUACGACCAACAAGAACAUAUUGAAAAAGAGCGAUACUUACGCUUUUGAAUCAUUUCAGCGACCGCUGAAGGGGGCUUUCUCAUUUGAGUUCAACGAGGAAAAAAAAAAAAA